AUGCCGAACGCUUUCGCAGUGUACAGCGCAGCAUUGAAGUUGGGGUCUGGAGGAGAAGAUGGAACUUUGAAGUCAUCAUCAUCGUCGAAAGGAUCGUGGUUUGACCGCCAAGACGCGGAGAAAGCAGGGCUCGCAGACGUCGGCGGUGCCGAAGCAGCGGCAGCGUCCAACUCCUUCUGGUCGACGAUGAAGGCGCUCAAAAGAGACUUUGACUUCGUAGCGGAGCGAGCGGUCGGUGCGUUCGCCAUUUGGGAUGCAGCAGAGACAGAUAUCUUGUUCAGCGACUCCGCAAGCGCCGCUUUACGCUGCCAUCGUAGGAACAGCAGCGGAGUCGCGAUGGCCGCGCCUGAGAAGGCGACCUACUGCGAGGGUAGCCAUAGCGGCACCCUCUUGUUCUCCCGAGGCGGCAAGGGCUGGGCGUCUGGAUGA